AUUUUAAGUAAAGAAGAAGAUGAUUUUUGUUUUGAUUUUAGGCUAUUUUGGCAUUUGUUUGUUAUAGGUUAGAUUGUUUUUAAAAACAACAGAUAACUUAUUCGUAUAUUUCUUAUCAUGGUUGCUGUGUAUACGCACGCAAAAUUGAAUUUCAAACAACACAACUAAACACUCUUAUUGGGAUUACAAUUUAGGAAAUUGGCUACUUUUUUCAGUUUCCAUUAGAUGUGCUUCAAUUCCGCACAAAUCCUCAGAAAAAUGACGGAAGGGGAUAUUAAAUAUGGAUUAAAAGUCGUAUUAAGUAAAAUUCAAGCAGCAUGUAGUAAAAGAAGUUCUGAACUUCAAGAUGUUACACCAAGACUAGUGGCCGUAAGUAAAACCAAGCCGGCUAAUUUACUUGUGGCUGCUUACGAAGAAGGCCAAAGGCACUUUGGCGAAAACUACGUGCAAGAAUUGGAGGAAAAGUCGCGAAGUCCAAUUAUAUUAACAAAUUGUGCCGAUAUAAAGUGGCAUUUCAUAGGUCACCUUCAGUCUAAUAAAGUGAACAAAGUCCUGUGUCUACCGAAUAUUUACAUGAUCGAAACUGUGGACUCCCAAAAAUUGGCAUCUACAAUUAAUAAAAAUUGGGAAAAGUACAGGCAGUCUGAUUCAAAGUUGAAAAUUAUGUUACAAGUCAACACGAGCAACGAAGAAGAAAAAAGUGGUAUAUCUCCAUCAGAAGUCGUAGAUGUCGCUAAAUUCGUACUGAAUGAUUGCAAUAAUCUGGAAUUAGCCGGUUUAAUGACCAUAGGAAAAUUUGGAUACGAUCUAUCUAACGGACCCAAUCCAGAUUUUAUAUGCUUGAAAAAAUGUCGAGAAGAUUUGUGUCAGAAGUUGGGAAUUGAUUGGAAAAAUGUAGAAUUAUCAAUGGGAAUGUCUGAUGAUUUCGAACAUGCAAUCGAACUAGGAAGUACAAAUGUCAGAGUGGGAUCUUCAAUAUUUGGUGCCAGAGCAAAACCUUAAAUUAUAACAAAUACACUACUUGUUAUUUUAUUAGUAACUGUAAACAGUUGUUUUCCUCCUAUUAUAGGCUUGAAAUAAAAUGUGAAUUUGUAAAUAAAAUAUUGAGA